UUGCCCAAGUGCAGCUGGAUCCCACCCGAGUUUUUGACAGCUUGCGAUCGUCGUGCAGGGUCCGAUUCGACAUUUGUCCCAACAACAAGCACAUGCAGCGCAUCCUUACCGCAAUGACUGCGCUGGCGUGGACGCUGGCGAUCCCUUGCACCAACAACGUCCAACGUCCGCCCAACGCCACGUACUUGAUCUCUGGUGGCACUUGCCCGCCAUCGACGACUUGUCUUUUGGCCGCCAACUGCACGGUGCUCGCAGCGUUUCCAAGCAACACGACGCGCUUCACGCUCUACGCCAACACGACGAUUGGCAACCUCCUCGGACACACGAGCACAAAAUUGUUGGUGCUUUUCACUCUCAUACAACCGUACUCACAUUAUGUAGAAAGCUCUAUGGCAUCGGGCCGAGCGUGCCUUACCGCUUGGAUCAGCUGCUGCUGCCACCGACCCUUCUUGGCUUGGAACUAUACAACAUGUCGCUCGCCUCGAUCAACGCGACGGGCAUUGCGUCACUCACGUCGUUACAGUUCUUUGACGUCGCGUUCUCGCCCGAGAUGGUGGACACAUUUGUCUUGCCGCCAUCGCUCCAAGAUGUGUCGUUUGAACGAACGAAUCUCGUCCAGCCGUUCGCUCUACCGGCGCGCGUCACCGCCUUCACGUGGUACUUGAACACGCGCGCCACGGCCCUCCACGACGUCGAUUGGACCAGCGUCCAGAAUCUAGAGCUCAACAAUGUGACGACGUUUCGCAACGUUUCGCUGUCGUCACGCCUGGAAUUAUUUGUGUGUCCCGAGUGCAACAUGACGACCUGCAUCAUGGACAAUGCGACGUUCAACGCUGUCAAUGCGGUGCCACCCAAGCCCCGGUCGGGACGCGCACAGGUCGAUAUUUCGAUUUCAACCAGCGCCACCGACUGCACCGCCCAAAAUGGCGUCCUCCGCAAACUCUGGAACACGGACAACACGACGUGUGUCGUGGCGGCCGCGACGCUGCCUCCGUCGACAACACUAGCGCCACAGGCGACAAAGUCGCAGUGGGAAUUGAUCUUUGGCGUUACCGCGGCUGUGCUCGCCGCCUCGCUUCUCCUCGCACUCUUCAUUUACCGCCGCCUCCAACGACAGACUCUAGAUACCAGCGUCGGAUCCGACACGGCACUGACGGACGAGCUCCACCAACUCGAACUGUACAAGAUCAACCCCCUCGCCCUCUCGACAACCUCCAAGAAGCCGCUGGCGGCCGGUGCCUUUGGCGAAGUCUGGCGCGGCACGUACAACGAGGGCCCUGUCGCUAUCAAGCGCAACAAGAACAAGGAUCCCGUCUCGGUCCAGCACUUUAUCGCCGAGAUCAGCCUCAUGGCCAAGAUGGAGAGCCCGUACAUUGUCAAGCUCGUUGGCGCCAGCUGGACACGCCCCAUUGACAUUGAAGCGGUCGUCGAGUACAUGGACCUCGGCGACCUCCGUACCUACCUCGCGACCCACACGGCGACGCAGUUUCCGUGGAGCGACAAGGCUCUCUGCGUCCAGAGCAUCGUCUUUGGCCUUGUCUACCUCCACACGUUCGACCCGCCGAUCAUCCACCGCGAUCUCAAGUCCAAGAAUAUCCUGCUCGACGCGCACCGACGUGGCGUCGCCGACGUGCACGAAAUUCUGCUGCUGCAUCACAUCAUGGCCGGGCGGUGCGUGCAUGCUGAGCUCGAUGAGCAUAGUACCUAUGACAUCUGA